CCAGGCUACGUCCAGAGUCUGAUCCGUCGGGUGGUGAACAACGUCAACAUUGUGGUCAACAACCUGAUCUUGAAGUACGUUGAGGACGACAUCGUCCUGUCUGUCAACAUCACCUCUGCUGAGAGUUACACCGUCCAUGAGUUCUGGGACCGAGCCUUCAUGGACAUCACAGCUCCUGACCUGGUGCUUCGUAAAGUGAUCAACUUCAGUGACUGUACGGUGUGUCUGGAUAAGAGGAACAGCAGUGGUAAGAUCCAGUUCUACCAGGAUCCUCUCCUCUACAAGUGUUCCUUCAGGACCCGACUCCACUUCACCUACCAGAACAUCAACUCUAAGAUCCCUGCUGUCAUCAAGAUCCAGACGAUGGUGGAGUCCCUGAAGCUGUCCAUCACAGACCAGCAGCUGCCCAUGUUCAUCAGGAUCAUGGAGCUGGUCCUCAGCCUCUACUACGGAGAGAUAGGAGGAGGGAAGGACGGAGAGGAGGGGAGCGGACAUGGAGAGGUCAUCACUACGCCUGGUCUGGAAGGAGACCCAGAGGCCCAGGUCAUGGCAGGACAGUACCCCAGCCCAGAGCAUUACAUGCAGGGGGAGGAGGAGGACCAGGGCUGGGUGUCCUGGGCCUGGUCCUUCGUCCCAGCUAUCGUGGGAGCUGAGGAUGAGGAGGGAGAGGAAGGCUUCUACCAGCAGGGGGAGGAGGGAGGCCGGUCCAGCCCACAGCAGAACCCACCUAAAGACCCUGUUGUCUCCAUAGGCUUCUACUGCACCAAGGCCUCUGUCGCAUUCAAGUUGACAGAGAUGCAGACGGAGAGCAGUUACUACAGUCCUCAGAAGAUGAAGAGCAGGGAGGGGCUCAGUCUGGAUUUGGAGGGGAUCGCCAUGGAGGUGCUGAUGAUGGGGGAACCCUUCUUCGACUGUCAGAUCGGCAUCGUGGGCGUCCGGGCGCUCUGCCUGAAAGGCAUCAUGGGAGUGCGGGACUUUGAGGAGAACUUGAACAGACGGGAGGAGGAUGCAGUGUUCUUCAGCUGUGGAGAGAGUCUGAGCAGUAAAGGCAUGACCUACCUGACCAACUCCCUGUUCGACUACCGCUCUCCAGAGAACAACGGGGUCAGAGCAGAGUUCAUCCUGGAUUCCACCAAUCACAAGGAGACCUACACAGAGAUAUCAGGCAUGCAGCGCUUUGGGGCCUUCUACAUGGAUUACCUCUACACAGUGGAGACCAGCAGCACCACGGUGUGUGUAGGGCAGCAGGACUUCACCAUGGCGACAGGGCCUAAAGAAGAACCGGUCCCCCCUGUCCAAGAGACGUCUGUCAAGAGGCUGGUGGUUGGACCUCUGGACUUACGGCUCAACAGCAGCGCCGUGCACCGCCUUCUCAAGAUGCUGGCCUGCGCCAUGGACCACGAGUACCAACCCUACUACAAACCACAACCAGACCCAGUGGAGGUGCCCCGGGCUCCAGCCUCCCAGGAGGAGGUAUCAGUGCUGGAGGAGUUUAUCCCUACCAGGCUGACCUGCCUCACCCUGCAGAAGGUCACUGUCACCCUCAACAUGGCCGAGUUCAACCUCCUACACACACUGAUUCCUGUCAUCAUGGGACAGAAGGCCCCACCAGGUCCGGUCAGUGUGCCAGUCUUCCAGGCGAUGCGGCCCCUGCCGACCCUCAGGUUCCAGGUGGACAGCGUUAAUGUGGAGCACUCUGUUCCUAUGUUCGCCCCUGAGCUCAUCAACACAGUCUCCUCUCUCAGCCAGCCCUCUGAUAACCUGCUGCACCACUGUUAUACACACUGCUACCUCAAGGUGUUUGGAGUCCAGGCUGGUUUGACCUGUCUGGACAGUACAGGCGGUUUCCUCCCUCUGUCCCCCCUCAUUCCUUCCUUCAGUACAGCCCUCUACGGCAAGCUGCUCCAGAUGCCUCAGUACUGGACAAAGCGCUCGUCAGUCCUGAUGACAGAGUGUAUUUUUGAGCUGCCCAACUUCACGGUGCAGGCCACGCGUCCCCAGAUCCUGCUCCUUCAGGCCAUGCUGCAGAGCUGGACACACAGCCUGGGAGACGGCUCCUUCCCUGGGGUCAACGAGGCCCUGCUCAGCCAUGUCUACACAGCACCAGGUAACUGAACACUGUUAUUACCA